UUUCACUUUCAGAUUUUUCCAACUGUCUGCCUCGCUUUUCCUCCCUGGACGCUAACAGUCCAUCGGAAGCUAGCAUACUUCUGUUAGCCGACGAUGUUUUUAGCUAACAGAUAACUUCAUCCGACAUGUUUGUCUCGGUUCAGAACAGAGGCGGUUUGUGGCCGUCCGUCACAUCCAGGAUGGUCGUGGUCGUCUGGGUGUGUGUUUUACUGCCUGCUGUGUCCGCAGUCUCAGAGAUUACACUGUACAGGAAGGUGGGCGAUGAAGUUGUCCUCCAACCAGGCACUGCCCCCGUGACCGGCGCCAUCACCAGCAUCAUGUGGAAAGAUGGUCCCAACAUCGCCACUGAGUGGGAUGGAAUGGAUUUGGAUCUUUAUCGACAGUUCAAGGAACGCGGGAGCCUGAACAUUGCAAACGGAGAGAUGACAAUCACAGGACUGACUCGAGACGACAGUGGACUGUACACACCAGAAAUCAACCUCAUCCCCCUCGGUCCAAUUCGCCUCAUCGUCAUCUCUCCCGUCUCUGCACCCACCGUUAUUCAAUCCUGUGACGAUGAGAAGACCAGCUGUAUUUUGACCUGUGAUGGAAACACCACGGACGCUGAACCAGUCACCUACAAGUGGAAGGCGGAUGACAAAGUGUUGACAGAUUCAUCGAAGGAACAUCACAUUAUAAAGGAGAACAGUUCAAGUGUAAAUGAGUUCAGCUGUGAGCUGGAGAAUCCAGUCAGUCGGGAGAGCAGCCAACCUCUCCACAACCCUUUCAUCACAACCACUGACAGUACAGAACCUGCAGGACACCUGAAGAUCUCCGCAGGACUCACAGUCUUCAUCUCUCUGCUGGCAGCUGUGCUGCUGCUUGUUUUCAUUCACAGAUGGAAAGCAGGAGCGUGGUUCUUCCAAAAAGAAUCCAUGCCAUGGGAAGCAGGCUUCUGGAGCAAGCACGAGAGGCCACCAAGAGAAGCUGCAGACUCUAACGGCGCCGCUGCCCAUCAAGAGAAGGAACAAAUCGACGAGGAAACACGAAUGACAUAGGCGGCAGAACAACGGCAAGUCAAGGCCUGUCACAUGACAAACGAGAUGAUCCAAAGAAGAUCCGCAGAGAGGCUGAAAUGUUCCUGAAAGUGCACAAAUUCAAACUACUCUGCACACAUUAUUGAAAACCCCUGAGUGGUCGUGCCAGCUUCAAAUCUAAAAUCAGUUUUAAGCAAAAUUCUCCUAAAGCUGCUUUCAGAAAGUAGUUUAUUUUAAGGGUUUUUUAAAGCCACUAAACUGACCCGAAGAGGACACGAAGGCAUGUCGAAGACUCGGCCGUGCUCCUCUUUUCCUCUAAGACUGACCUGCUGCUGCUUGUUCAAAUCACAACACAUUAGUGUGUUAAAACAACGUCUAACUAAGAAGGUGAAAGUUACCCAAAAUUAAAUUAGACAGAAUGACCACUGUUAGAGAAAUGAAUGGCUCAGAAACAAAGAGAAAAGACUUGAAGCAGACUUCAUGUCUUCCUGAGGUUUGUUUCCAGACUUUCUAAAGAGGGCCUCAAAGUUUAGACAAUAUGAGGAAAGCCUGCAAAGUGUGCUUUCCUGUUGGUAGUAUCUGGCACCGCCAGCUCAUUAAACCACCGGCUGAGGAUGAUUUAUGAUUGGAGACGCGUCGCGUGUGGCUUCCUGCAGCUCCACAGUGUUGGAGAAGAGCUCGCACUGAGUGGCAAGGAGCUGGAAUGAGAACGGGGGGAAAAAAGGGACGCCAUUGUCCGUUUUGGGCCUCCAGCUCCACCAACAAACAAGGCAUUGUACAGGACUUACUGCUGACUCCUCAGCAACACUCACACUCAACGUGUGUGUGUGUGUGUGUGUGUGAAAGCGCAAACAAAGUCAAUCAUAUUUUUCCUUUUUGGGGUGGGAGAGGGUUUAUUUUCAUUUCCCUGCUCUUCUUUAACUCAUCUUCAUCAUUAAUUGUAUUUUAAUGUUUCAUCUGUGGCUUUCCAAUGCACUGUGUGUACAUGCAACACUGUAAAUGUGUGUUUAAAGUGGACGACAGCGCAGCUUUAGGUCAAACACAUUUUUCUCAGACAAAAGGCAAAACCCUGUUAGAGUAUUUAUUGUGGUUUGUCUCAGUGUGUGAGGAUAUAAAGAAUGUGAGUGUUUUUAUAUGAAAUAUAUUUAAUAAACACAAUAUCAACCUAAACCUUAAAUAAACCUUUUUUGUUCAGUAAAUCU